AUGUCUAAGCAAAGAAGGAAGGGUGAGGAGGAUGAGCCCAACUACUACCACAACCGCAGCGGCAACAAGGAUAAGAGCCUCUAUCUGGUUCUAGACGACUGGCACAAGGGCUUCACCAUCCGCAAGAUCGAUGCCGAUAGUCCUGACCUCAGCGCCCCCCUCCUGGGCAGCAACAUCAUCGCCAUGAGCAACAUACACGCGGGAACCCUCUUCUACGACACUGACACCGCCGGACUGCCCGUCGGCCCUCCCGUUCGAGACGCACUGCUUUGUGGCUCCAACACCUUCCUGACCUCAGGCGCCGGCGACGCGCUGUACGCGUUCGCCUUCCACUUCAUGGAGCGGCCUGUGUCCUUUGAGGCGAUGGCGAAGCCACCAACGAUGGAAGACGACGACCUGCUGCCCACCUACUGGUCCUGGAAAAGCAUGCCGACGCCCUUCACCAAGGACGAGAUGAUCUUCUCCUACGCGCUGCACCCGGACGGGCGCACCAUAUUCGUGUCCUCGUGGAGCAGGGCAGUCUGCGGCACGUACUCCGUCGACACCAGGAGCUGCAAGUGGAGGCACCACGGGGAGUGGAUGCUGCCUUUCAGAGGCCGAGGCUACUUCACCGCUGAGCUAGACGCAUGGGUCGGGCUGCACGAGGACGGCUACGUCUGCCCCUGCCAGGUUGCCUCCCGCAGCAGAGGCACCACGCAGCAGCCGGAGUGGAAGAUGGCCGAAGAGCAUAGGAUGUGGAUCCCGUGGCAUCAGCUAGAGUUUCGCCUGCGUCGGAUGUGA